UUAUUCUUUGGCUCGGUCAUUCCAAACCUACUUCCCGAGCCUAAUUAAUCCCGACACUAUAUUAUCCUUGUACAACACACCCAAAUAUCUCUUCAGCUUCACAGGCAAACACUUACAGUUUCUCCCCGAUCCCCCCUUAGCCGCAACUCAGAAGUCCAUGCCCAUGUCAAGAAGCCUGUCAUUCCACUACUUUCCCCGCGUGUCCUGCACUUUCUGUUUUACGAUCUAUCACCACGGUCUCAUCCUCUCCUCCAUCAAUCUCCUUCAAUCAACCCCUCCAGACAUUUUCUCAGGGUUCCUUAUCAAACCACGCAGUUUCCUUAUCCUUCAGAAAGAAUAUUGUUUAUCAUGAAAUAUUUAAUGACAUAUGAUGGCGACUGUCAUGUACUGUAUCUGUUUGCUUGUAACACUAGCUGCUUGCUGGCCAUACACCUUCAAAUCAUUGUUAGAUUUGUGAAAUUGUGUUAAUUUAAUGGAAGGUGGAAGAUGGGUGGUCAGCUUCUUUCUGUUGGCUGAAGCAAGUGUUUGUCUUUACCUCACCCCAGUCUCAUUUUAUCAGUACCUAACUUUCGCAAUUUACGGUCAGGUACCUUCCUGGCUUACUCAUUAUGCAGCAACAUCGUCAUCUUAUGGUAAUGGCCGUUCAUAUCAUCGUUGAGGUAGCAAGUUUGGUGUUCAUGACUUCAGAAGUUCAUCAAAUAAUGGAGGAGGCAACAGGUAUGAUAGUUAUGGCAGCGGCAUCAAUGAUUAUAAUGCAAGCAACAGCAGCUAUAAUGGUAAUAAUGCAAAGUACAGCAGCUAUAAUGAUUAUAAUGCAAGCACGGGUCCUGGGGAUUACACAUAUUCUGAUUAUUCUGGCACUAACCCUGCUAAUGCUACGUAUUCUGAAUAUUCUGGCAAUGAUUUCAGUGCUGCUGGUGGAGGUGGUGAUGCUUAUGCUGGCGGCCGUGAGGAAAUGAAUCUUGGUUUUUGCAGCCUGGCAGCAUAGUGUGUCAUGGUGACAAAUCAACUGCCAGGGACACAAUGAAGAAUGCUGGUUUUACAAUUGUACCAGGGAGCGAUGGUUUGCUACAGGCAACAGCAGGUGGUGGAGGCCGAGGAAUGCGUCUUGCCAAAGAGCGGGACAAGUUUGGGAAGUUAUUACAGGCAGUCGAAAGUGAGGCUUCAGCUGCAUUUGGCAAUGAUGGUGUUUACCUUGAAAAAUACAUCCACAAUCCAAUGCACAUUGAAGUCCAGAACACUCUGCAUAUUUUAUACCUAGGCACUUAGUUACUUGCUUUAGAUGUUGAUCAGGAAAAGACAUUUUGCUAGAGUCAGGUAGGUAUGUAUGUUACAGCAAGCCGGAAUCCAUGCUCUUUCUUCAUCAAUAACAUUCAUGUUCUCAUCCAAUGUUUUGGGCAUCUCAGUGGAAGCCUCCUCAUUCCCCAUGUGCCUCUCUCCUACUAAAUAUAUAUUUUUAAAUUAAUCCUCUCUUUGAAGAGAGCACAUGUAUUUGUGAAUCCUUCAGCUCAUGCACAAUCAUUAAAGGGGGAAAUAUUUACAAAUGCCAAUUUAAAGAGUCAAGAUAUUUCUUUUUAUUA